AAUUCAUCAGCCUAUAAAUAAUGGACUAGCUAGAAAAACAAAAUAUCAAAGCACAAAUUGUCUAUCGACGUUUUAUCAACAAUUAAUUUAGUGAAGCAAUAUAAUAUGGCUGAAGAGAAACAACAUCACCGUUUGUUCCACCACAAGAACAAGGAGGAAGAAAGUGGUCCAGUUGAUCAUGAAAAAAAAGUGAAGCACCAUAGCCAUCUCCAGAAAAUUGGUGAACUUGGUGCUGUUGCUGCCGGUGCUUACGCCUUGCAUGAGAAGCACAAGGCAAAGAAAGACCCAGAGAAUGCACACAAACACAAGAUAAAACAAGAAAUAGCAGCAGUAACUGCAGUUGGGGCAGGUGGAUUUGCAUUCCAUGAACAUCAUCAGAAAAAAGAUGCCAAGAAAGAAAAAAAGGCUGCUGAGGGAGGACACCACCACUAAUUAAAUUUAUCUACUAUUUUAGGUAGCUAUCUUUCUAUGGACUGCCUAAAAUAAAUAAAAGUUACUACUAUGUGUUUUUGUAUUCAGUUUUAAAUUUUUUCCAGUGUGGAUGUUUCUAUGUUAAUCUCACCUUGU